UAAACACAACACUAACACAAGUGUUAAACAUAACACAAGUUUGAAGUUAAGUUAAGAUGGAAGGUGACAAGUUGCCGCAACAUGGUAAGAAGAGUGAUAGGUCAAGGAAGAAAAUGUCAGCACCAAACCUUUUAGAUGCUCAAGUGAAAGGAUCUCUUCAAAAAGCAGGUGGACGUCCGAAGGUAGAGUCCCGAAUAUCAGUCGAGGAGCUGCGGGCCAAGUUCAAGACUCAGAUGUCUCUCCCCGGCAGCAGAGACGUACAUGAGGACACUAAACUUAUUGAUCCCAUGGAUGAGUGCGUGAAAUAUCUGGGGAAGCAGCGCGGGCAGACGGGCGUGGUGUACGACCUGGCGAUGGCAGAGCCGCGGUGUCUCUGGGACCCUGAGUACCCCGAGUGUCCUGAGCGAUACACCUGUGUUAUUAGCAGAUGUGAAGAGCUCGGGCUGCUGGAUCGGUGUUUGAGGAUCCCCGCGAGAUCUGCACGCAGGGAAGAGAUCCUCGCUCUGCACUCGCAAGCUCUGCACGAUCUGGUGGAGAGCACGGCUGGAGAAACUGACCUGGAGAAGCUGGAGGAGAUCAGCUCCAUGUACAACUCCAUUUAUUUACACCCUAAGACGAGUGCGGCGGCGGCCCUGGCGGCAGGCGGCUGCGUGGACCUCGUGACGGCCGUGGUGCAGGGCGCCGUCCAUAACGGCAUGGCCAUCGUCAGACCCCCCGGGCACCACGCCAUGCGGGACGCGCCCUGCGGCUACUGCUACUACAACAACGUUGCCCUCGCCGCCCGCCACGCCCUCGACAACCUCGCCGUCAGGAGGAUACUCAUCGUAGACUGGGACGUGCACCACGGACAGGCCACGCAGCAGAUGUUCUAUGAUGACUCUAGAGUGCUGUACUUCUCCGUGCACCGCUACGAGUACGGUUCCUACUGGCCAGAGCUGAGGGAGAGCGACUACGACUACACUGGGGGCGCCGGUGCUGAGGGAUACAACUGCAAUGUCCCUCUGAACGCCACGGGGCUCGGCAACGAGGAAUACCUCAGCAUAUGGACGCAGCUGUUGCUCCCUAUGGCUUAUGAGUUUUGUCCUGACUUGGUGCUGGUGUCGGCAGGAUACGACGCUGCGCUAGGCUGCUUUGAGUUCUGUCCAGACCUGGUUCUUGUGUCCGGAGGAUACGACUCCGCUCUGGGCGAUGAGAAGGGUCUGAUGCGCGUCACCCCCGCCCUGUACUGCCAGCUGACGGCGCUGCUCAUGCCGCUGGCCGCCGGCAAGCUCGCUGUCAUGCUCGAGCUGGUCAGACCCCUGCACCCUAGUUUGAGCAGUACAGUGCUGGACUGCAUCACAGUACAGCGCAGUGUAUGGCGCAGUCUGCAGUACCAGGGCAGCUACUGCGCCCAGACCGCGGCAGUAGACCGCGCCUCCCGACACUCCAGACCCAAGCACAUAGCAGUUAUAGAGUACAGGGGCACGCCGCCCCCCAGCAGGUACCCCACCAGGGGGGGGUACGCUAAGCUCUCCCCCCAGCAGGAGGAGGAGACGUCGCGAGCCCUGGCGCGCCUCAAGGCUGGUACAGACUUGACCGUAGCGCCCAUACAGGUCUGCUACGUGCACGACGUUGCCAUGGAGACGCAUCACUGCCAGACUGAGAGCUCGCACCCUGAGCGACCUGCCAGGACGCGCGAGAUCAUGAAGCUCCUGCAGAGUACCGGCCUCCUGCACCGCCUGCACCGCCUGCAGAGCAGGAAGGCGAGCGCGGAGGAGCUGGCGGCGGUUCACUCUGCAGAGCUGAUCGCUCUGAUGGCGGAGACGCAGAGUUACUCAGAGCAGCAGCUACACGCUCUGCAGGACCGCUACACUUCAGUGUACCUGCAUCCUGACACCUACACUGCCGCUACACUUGCUGCAGGAUCCUUGAUAGAGGUGGUGCAGCAGGUGGUGACAGGUGGUGCCAGCAAGGGCGUGGCGGUGGUGAGGCCCCCAGGUCACCACGCUGAGCGCUGUCACCCCAACGGCUUCUGCAUCUUCAACAACGUCGCCGUCGCCGCCCGUCACGCCCUUGACCACCUGGGGCUUGACAGGAUCCUGAUCGUGGACUGGGACAUCCACCACGGUAACGGCAUCCAGCACGCGUUCGAGUCCGACCCUCGGGUGUUGUACGUAUCCCUACACCUCUACAAGAACGCGACGUUCUUCCCCAACUCCACGGACGCUUCCCACCUACACAUCGGUACUGGGGACGGCUUAGGCUACAACGUCAACAUCCCCUGGCAGAAGGGGGGCGUAGGGGACGCGGAGUACAUAGCAGCGUUCUCGCAGCUGGUGCUGCCGCUGGCGUAUCAGUUCAGCCCACAGCUGGUGCUCGUCUCAGCUGGCUUUGAUGCCGCUGUCAACGACCCUGUUGGUGGCUGCGAGGUGACGCCGGAGUGCUACGGUCACAUGACAGCGCUGCUGGCAGGGCUCGCUGCUGGCAGACUUGUGCUGGCACUCGAGGGCGGCUACAAUCUCGUCUCUACCAGUCACGCGCUGUGCUGCUGCGUGUCGGCGCUGCUGGGCGACGCGCUGCCGCCCCUCCGCCGCCCCCUGGUCGCUGCCGCCCACGCCGCCCACACCAUCAGCGCCGUCCUCGACGCCCUCGCCCCCUACUGGACGUGUCUCGCCCCCUACAGGGUAGACCUUCCCUCGGCCCCUGGGCUUAAAAAGGGGCGCAAAAGUGGUGCUGGUGGGGCUGGUGGGGCUGCUGGUGGGGCCAUACCUGGUGCUGGUGAGGCUACUAGUGCUGCAGAUUCUCCCUCAGAUGAACUUGCUCUCAAAUUUGGCCACAUGAAAAUGAGUGAUGAUAAAGUCGACACACCCGAGGCUGCUGCGGCGACGCCUCCAGCAGAACGCUUGGCUGCAGUUGCUAGUGCAGCUGGUCCAUCAGGUUCAGAUGCAGCUGGCCCAUCUUGUUCAGAUGCAGCUGGUCCAUCAGGUUCAGAUGUAGCUGGCCCAUCAGGUGCAGGAACUAUCAGCUGCUCAGGACAGACAGUUGCAGCUGUAGUCACUGAAGAGGCUCUGCUUGCAGCUCUUGCGGCUGCUGCAGAUGACGAGGACGGAGCAAUGACCAUCGAGCAGCUGAUCAGAAGCCAGACUGAAGGCUUCAUGGUGACCCCGCUGUCUUGGUGCCCUCACAUCCCAGAGGGCGUGAGGGAACCUGAGGGCAGCAUGGACGCUUCAGCGCCUUGUGCUGACUGUGGUGCUGAGGGCGAGAACUGGUGCUGCCUCACAUGUUAUCAGGUGGGAUGCGGGCGGGCGAUAGGCGGCCACCUGCUCGCUCACGGCGCUGCCUCGGGGCACUCGCUGGCGCUCAGCUACGCCGACCUGUCCGUCUGGUGCUACGUGUGUGAGGCUUACGUGCAUCACGAGGCGUUCCUUGAAGCGAAGAGGAUGGCAUACAGGAGCAAGUUUAACGAAGAGAUGCCGGUGCCGCAGUCGUGGCAGUGACUGCUGCUAUUUUUUAUAAUUUUCUAAUUAUUAUAAUCAUUAACAUUGCUAUCAUCGAAAGAAACUCGCGCGUGAGGCCAAACUAACGGAGUAUACCUUAGUUCAAAAAAUAAUCAUUUGUUCGGACUAUCAUUCCAUUAAUGUUAGUUUGUGGAGGUUGUUUAUGAUUAACCGAACACGGGUUUUCUUGUAGAUUUUUGUUGACUUUUUGAGGUAAGAAAAUUUUUUUCGUACAUUCUUCUGACUCACUGGAGUGACACUUCCUAGGACCUCAUGUCUGACUCAAUGGAGUGACACUUCCUAGGACCUCAUGUCUGACUCACUGGAGUGACACUUCUCAGGACCUCAUGUCUGACUCACUGGAGCGACACUUCCUAGGACCUCAUGUCUGACUCACUGGAGUGACACUUCUCAGGACCUCAUGUCUGACUCACUGGAGCGACACUUCCUAGGCCCUCAUGUCUGACUCACUGGAGUGACACUUGCCAGGACCUAAUGUCUGACUCACUGGAGUGACACUCCCCAGGCCCUCAUGUCUGACUCACUGUAGUGACACUUUAAAAUUUAAAUGAUACGUGUCUGCGUUCUGCAAAAUUACGUUCGAUUUACGUCUUCAAGUUCAUAUUUUGCGCUUUAUUUUCUGUGAUGUUCAAGUCCCGCCAAUGUUUUUACAUCGGAAGUUCUUAUUCUUCGCCGUGCUGCUCUUUACCCGACCAACUUGUAACUCCUAUUAAUUGGAUGCAUAUUUGCACAACUGAGGAAAACACGGGAAAUUGGCGCCUCUGCCGAUUACGGUGUUACGGGCGCGUCAGCGCACGUAGACUGCGGCCUAAGAAUAACAAGAUUGUUUAUGUUAUUUUAGUUCAAGUUUAGCGCCUCAAAGCAGCUUGCAUGUUUCCAACGUGUUUAUUAAUUUGGUGUUAUGUUUUACACUAACAUUUAAGUAAACGGAUAUAAUUUU